AUGAAGGUCACCAACCUACGACUCGAGCACUAUCACGAGUGCACAGCAAUCGGCGAGGAAAAGCCGCGGAUUUCCUGGUCAUUCGAAGGGCUGGACCAUGCCUGGCGUCAGAGGGCAUAUGAAAUUUCCCUCCGGCGAGGCAUCCGAGGCGAAAUUCAAACAUUCACUACCAUGUCUUCCCAAUCGCUCUAUGUAGAGUGGCCAACAAACCCUCUAGAGUCGUGCGAGAUGGCAACGCUCAAGGUUAGAGCGCAAUCCGAGGGUUCAAUAUGGACUUUGUGGUCUGCUCCUCUGCAUAUUGAAGCAGGAAUACUAAAGACCGACAACUGGCACUGUUCUUUGAUCCAAUCUCCAAUAAAACAAGAUUCAUCUACAUCUAUUCGCCCGGUACGCUUCCGGAGGUCCUUUCAGGUCAAGGAGACACUGCGCCAGGCUCGACUCUACAUCACCGCACAUGGGAUCUAUGAGAGCUUCAUAAAUGGGUGCAAGAUUGGCGACCAUGUGCUUGCUCCAGGGUGGACGUCCUACGACCAUGAACUGUCAUAUCAGACCUUCGACAUCCUACCACAAGUCAAGAUUGGGACGAAUGUAAUUGCUGCCGAGGUCGCGGAAGGCUGGUUCUGCGGCAGAUUAGGCUUCCUGGGUGGUCAAAGAAACAUCUGGGGUUCCAAUAUUGGCCUGUUCGCCCAGAUCAUUCUCACUUAUUUGGACGGGAGGACCGAAGUCAUUGGGACAGACAGCAGCUGGAAAGCCAGUCACGGCCCAUUGCUCCAAGCUGAGAUCUACGAUGGCGAGUGCUUUGACUCCAGGUUGGACUUGCCUGGAUGGAACGAGUCAUCGUUUACAGAUACGGACUGGCAAGCGGUUGAGGUAGGGAACCUAAGCCCAUCGAAAUUGAGAGCGCCCGAGAGCCCACCCGUGCGACGGAUACAGGUACUCCCAGCACAGCAAAAGCUACAGAGCCCCAAGGGAAGCGUGAUACUCGACUUUGGACAGAACCUAGUCGGAUGGGUACGAUGUCAACUUUCCGGCCCAGAGGGACACACGGUUCGCCUCAUCCAUGCAGAGGUCUUGGACAAGGGAGAGUGCGCCACUGCGCCGCUUCGUGAUGCCAGGUGUAUAGAUACAGUGAUUCUUUCUGGCGAUUCUUUUGUCUAUGAGCCUCGAUUCACAUUUCAUGGCUUUCGCUACGUCCAGAUCGAAGGUGUAGCCUUCAAUGACGUGGACCUCGACAACUUCUGUGCCGUCGUCGUUCAUACGGCCAUGGCUCGAACCGGUUGGUUCGAGUGUUCCGACCAGAUGCUAAAUAAGCUGCACGAAAACGUGGUCUGGUCCAUGAAAGGCAAUUUUGUCUCGGUCCCCACAGACUGCCCGCAGCGAGACGAGCGUCUCGGAUGGACAGGCGACUUGCAGGCGUUUGCACCAACGGCAGCCUACCUGUUUGACACCGGCGGCAUACUCAAGACUUGGCUUCGAGGACUGGCUUGCGAGCAAAAUGAAGAUGGAGAUGGCGUCCCGCCGCUGUUCUCGCCCAACAUCUGGAAAGGGCGGCCGAACAUCCCAUCUGCCAUCUGGGGAGAUGCAAUCAUCAGCGUGCCGUGGGACCUUUACCAAGCCACUGGUGAUGCGUUGUUUCUUGAAGACUUGUACGCAAACAUGAAAGAUUGGAUACAGAACGGAGUGAAGCGAGACAAUACAGGUCUUUUAUGGGACCCCAGCCAUUCUCAGCUGGGUGACUGGCUUGAGCCUACCGCGCCCGCUGAUGACCCAGGCAAUGGCCCGACGGAUGAGAUUCUAGUUUCCAACGCCUUUCUCAUCCGCAUGACAGAUCUCAUGGCUCGCAUCUCGAGCAUCUUGGGCCAUGUGGAGGAAUGCGAGCUUUGGGAGCAACAAGCAGUCGAGUUACGAGCCGAAUUCUCUCGCGUCUAUAUCACGGAUGAGGGAAGGGUUGUGUCAGACACUCAGACAGCGCUCGCUCUAGCCAUCCAUUUUUCCCUCUUCCCGACUCAGCAGCAACAAGAUGCAGCGGCAGCACGCCUGGAGCAUUUAAUCAAGCGCAACGCACGUUUCAAGAUCGCUACAGGCUUUGCUGGAACACCCAUUCUUGGGCAUGCGCUGAGCAAGAUCAACCAGCAUCAGCUCUUCUAUCGGAUGCUCAUGCACCGGAAGCCGCCGUCUUGGUUAUACCCCAUCACAAUGGGCGCCACGACCAUUUGGGAACGCUGGGAUAGCAUGUUGCCCGACGGCUCGCUGAAUUCGUCCAACAUGACCAGCUUUAAUCACUAUGCGUUGGGCGCCGUGGCAAAUUGGAUGCAUUCGACGAUUGCUGGGAUCAGACCCUUGGGGCCUGGCUGGAAGAAGAUCCAGAUUUCCCCGGUUCCGGGUGCGACAAUUUCAUCCUGUCACGCCCGGUUCUUGAGUCCAUACGGCGAGGUAAGCGUUGAAUGGGAACUAAAGGAUGAUAAAAUGCACCUAAAGGUCCGAGUUCCCGGGAACAUUGAAGCAGAGGUCAUACUUCCCGGUGCUGGGCCGAAGCACGUGGGGUCUGGAAGCCAUGUUUUCUCUCAUGCUUAUUCUCGGCCUGCCUGGCCACCGCUACCCAUCUAUCCACCGUUCGUGCCACACGAUGACGAUGAGCCUUGA